CAAAAAGCUAGAGUGUAUAAAUAGUGAGUGACAAGCUCAGUCAGUCCGACAGACGUCACAGAUCAGGACCACUGAGGAUUCAUCAUGAGGGUGUUUGCAGUAAUCCUUGUGCUGGCUGUCCUCUCAGGCUGCCAUGCCAGAAGUGUGUCUUGGGAUGAGGAGAAGAACCCCUGGGAAGUCACGGUCGACAAGUUUAAUGAAUAUUUCACGGAUCUGAACUCAAAGGCCGACAGCGUGGUGAAGGACAUCCAGAGCUCCCAGAUCGGCCGAGAACUGGACACCCUGAUCCAGGACAGCAUGUCUGAGCUGGCCAUGUACAAGGACGACCUGCAGACCAAGCUGGCCCCCUACACUCAGGACACUGCAGAGCAUCUGGGCAGAGACCUGCAGAAGCUGGUCGACAAACUGGGCGAUCACAUGAGCAAGGCCCGGGAGCAGAUGGAGACGUACACCCAAGAGCUGCAGACCAUGAUGGAGCAGAACGCCGACGAUGUCAGGGUCAGGGUCUCCGCUUACAACCGCAAACUGAAGAAACGUCUCAACAAGGACACACAGGAGAUCAAGAGACAUGUUGCUGAGGUCUUUGAGGAGCUUCAGUCCACCACCUCAAACAACAUGGAGGACAUGAAGACGCGUUUGGACCCUUAUUUUGCUCAGGUGCAUAACAACGCCCAGGAAAAGAUCACCACCCUGAAUGACCUGCUGAAGUCGCAGAUCGAGAACAUGAAGGACAAGAUUGAGACCAAAGCUGAAGAAAUGAAGGAGCGCUUCGAGAAAACCGCUGAAAACCUGCGAUCCACCCUGGAGGACAAGAUGGAGGAGAUGAAGACCUGGUUUCAGCCUUUUGUCUCCAUGAUCAGUGAUAACAUGUAAACCCUAUAAUCAAACACUGUGUAUCCAUCACUUUCUGUAUCAAUACCACCUCUGAAAAAAAUCUGUUUGAAAAG